CUCCCCGAAACCCCUUAGACCUCCAGAGGCAGAGAAGCUGACCCUGCAGACUGUGAGGCUGAAGAUGGGCUCCCUUCACUGGGCUCGGAGCUUUAGGCAGCCCUGGAGUGCUGCUGGGUCUCUGUGGGGCUGGGCAGUGUCGAGGCUACGCCUGGACUGGACAACAAGGUUCCUUCAGGAGGAUGAAGAGAUGGUGGUUCUGACCCACAGUGAUGAGUUGGACAGAACCUAUGGUGAGGACAGCAUAUUGCCUUCUGACCACAUCACAAACAAAAAUACAAGCUCUGAUGACCCCGGAAAAAACAAGACCUCAUUUAGACGAAACAGCCUGUCUCUGACCGAGCAAGACACCCCCACUAUGAAGGAGAGACCGGCUCCUAACCUGAUAGGUUCCAGCAGCGCCUUAGGGCUUCAUAGUACCGCUUUUAAAGAAACCAGGGCCACUGUACUCUCCACUGGACCCAGGACCAUCACCGUAACUUCAGCAGUUACCACCGCGGACUCCGUUAGGUUCAAAAACACCACAAGUUAUGGCAAAGGAAAAAGAUCCACUGAGACGCAAGCUGACAAGAUGAAGAGCAACAGUGAGGAUAACCCGAGUUUCAACCGGAACCAUGGUAACAAAAGAAGAUCCCAUAGGCUGGCUGGGCUGCUUAAAGGGAAUAUACAAAAGCAGAGACUCUCUGAAGAUGGAGAGGGAAAAAGUGAAGGGAAGGAAACUGCGGUGGGGACUUCUCAGUUCUGUACCCACCUUGAAGAAGAGAGAGCAAGGAUGGGUUUGGCUGAUCCAUUUCAGAGCCACAGAACUGGCACCACCGGUCUGAAUCCCUCUCCCACCAUCACCGCCUGGGAGGCCGGCUGGAAUGUAACAAAUGCUAUACAGGGCAUCUUUGUGUUGGGUUUACCCUUUGCUCUGGUCCAGUCAGGUUAUGUGGGUCUGGUUGUGUUGGUUCUGUCGGCCUGGGUCUGUAACCACACAGGGAGGAUCCUGGUGGCCUGUCUAUAUGAAAAGGGACAAAGCGGGGUGUCUGGCUCGGUGUCAAAGGUCCGAGUCCGACACAGCUACCAGGACGUAGUGGAGGCCUGCUGCCAAGGACUGUGGCCCAGCUGGCCUGGACUGGGGGGGUGGAUGGUUAAUGUAGCUCAGGUCAUUGAACUGUUGAUGACCUGCACCCUGUAUCUAGUGGUCUCCACCAGUCUGUUGUCCGACAGUUUGUCAGGAAUGGCUGUUCCCAGAUCCGCAUGUUCUCUGGUCUCGCUGAUGUUCCUGCUGCCCUGCCUGCUGCUGACUGAUCUCAGACCAGUCUCGACACUCAGCCUGCUCUGCUCCCUGGCUCACAUACUGAUCAGCCUGUUGGUCAUGCUGUACUGUCUGAGUCUAGCCAGCAGCUGGUCUUUGUCCUCUCUAACUCUGUCUGUGGACCCGGAGGACUUCCUCGUCUCCGUGGGUGUCAUCAUCUUCUCCUACACCUCCCAGAUCUUCCUCCCUCCUCUAGAGGGCAGUAUGGAGGACAGAGGGCAGUUUAACGCAAUGCUGGGUUGGACCCAUGGCGCUGCCUGCAUAAUGAAAACUACGUUUUCUUUACUGGCCGUACUGACCUGGGGGGCAGAGACUAGUGAGGUCAUCACAGACAACCUGCCCUCUGACCUUCGACCUCUAGUCAACCUGUGUCUGUUGGCAAAAGCCCUGCUGUCCUACCCUCUGCCAUUCUACUCUGCUGCUGAAAUACUGCAAACCUGUCUGCUUAGAGGCUCUGCUGCCUCUUUGCACUCCAAACAUGGAGCUCGAGGUGUGUCACGUCCGGCCCUGCUGGUCCGCGCCACCUUGCUGAUGACAUCAUACCUGCUGGCCCUGCUGGUGCCCAGGUUUUCCCUGUUGAUGGGUUUGACAGGCAGUGUGACCGGGUCGGCCAUGACGCUCAUACUGCCGUGCCUGUUUCACCUGAGCCUACACUGGGGCCGCCUCACUUUGAGAGACCGCCUGAUCGAUGUUGGUAUACUGAGUGUAGGGGUCAUCUGUAGCGUGUCUGGUGUGAUUUGUUCAGUGAAAAGACUGGUGGGGGGGCUGUAGGAGGGGAAGAUGGACGGAUGGUGAACAUGCGCUCAGGUUAGACAUUACAGUGUCUGCAUAUAGUCUGAAAGUUUAAUCAUAAAGCAGUGAGUUAGUCAAAGCACAAAGGAUUCAUGUGUCUGGGGGUGUGAGGUGAACUGACUCAUAGUGUUCAUUAUUGGGCUUGAAUUGAAUCGUGAGGAAUUUAUACAAAUUUCAUGCUGGACGGACCUACAGCAGCAGUCCAUCAAACAGAUAAGAGGGAGUGCAAAUGAAAUCAUCCAUGUUUUAUUGUAGAAGUAUUUUCGUAUUGAAGAUGAAUAACAAAGGAUGCUCUAACACAUGGCAAUAUAUAUUACAGCAUAAGGGGGUAUAAGGGAAGUCAUCAACAUCAAACAUGGAUAGACUCUGUAUAUUGUGAUCAAUGGUGUUGAGUCUGUUUUAUCGUUCAGUUUUACCAUGGUUGAUUUUGAUUAUUGCAUCAAAAUGGAAUAUUAAAAUGUCCGUUACUUUGACAAUACACAGCUCCAGAAAAAGCUAGUAAGUGGACCUUGAGUUGGGAUUGUUUUGUCAAACUACUAUAUCCAAGGUCAACUGUGAACUUUCGUGCCUCAUUUUGAAUGCUGACAUAAGGAAAGUAAAGCCCCGUAUUUACCAUGGUGACAAAUUGCAUAUGGUGCCAAGUGAUGUGAGUGAUAAAAGAAUCAGUCAAAAAUACAAAAUUUAAGUCAGUAUAUCAACCUUAUGUUUCUAUAAGCUUCUUAUAGAUUUACCCGUCACCACCAGGGAUGUUUGUGGCAUUCUAUUAACCAAACCAUCAAAACUUCAGAAGCUCAUUUCCCACAUUGUCUUGUUUGUGAGAGGAAGAAGUAAAAGUAAAUAUAAUUUAUAGUCUUGGGAUUGCCUGGGACAGCAAAGGAGGGAGUUAUCUCUUUUUCAGUAAGAGAUUGUCUCAAAGUUACACACAUAAUGUCAGAAAAUGUCCCAGGAUUUUGUCAGAAUAAGGUGUGGAGUUUUGUCACAUAUACUCCAAUUCAGAACGGAACCAGGAAAAGUAAAAAAUUUUGUUCCAGUCUAUGGUGUUGCUGUAGGAAGACAAGAUAAUUAUGGCCAUUAGUGGAACAAACUGAAGUACAAUACAAUUCAUUCUAUUUUUGAAGAUUUAAUGUCGACGUGAACAUUUUUGCUGUGUAUCAUUGUGGUAAAAAUGCAGUUCUCUGUGUUGUAAAUGUGUGAAUUUUAUCUCUGCUGUAAAAAUGAUCUAAUUAGCCCUCUGG